CUGACGCCUCUUCUUGUUGUUCAUCAAACCCUACCUCCCCGCAGAAACCCUAGGAGAGAGAAACCACCAUCAACAAUGAAGCUCGUACGUUCCUCCGACUCCAUGGAUAUCCCAGAAGGGAUCGACAUCAAGGUCGAUGCAAAAAUUAUCGUCGUUUCAGGGCCAAGGGGUACUCUCUCCCGCAACUUCAAGCAUCUCAACCUCGAUUUCGAGCUUGUUACUGAUGAAGAAGGGAAGAAGAAGUUGAACAUUGAUUCUUGGUUUGGAACCAGGAAGACCUCCGCUUCCAUCCGUACCGCUAUCUCUCACAUUGAGAAUCUUAUUACUGGUGUUACCAAGGGUUACCGCUACAAAAUGAGGAUGGUGUACGCUCAUUUUCCCAUCAAUGCUAGUAUUACUAACUCUAACAAGGGCAUUGAGAUCCGUAACUUUCUUGGCGAGAAGAGGGUAAGGAAGGUUGAUAUGUUGGAGGGAGUUACAAUAUUGAGAUCCGAGAAGGUUAAGGAUGAGCUUGUCUUGGACGGAAGUGACAUCGAGCUUGUUUCUCGAUCUGCUGCCCUAAUUAACCAGAAAUGCCAUGUUAAGAACAAGGAUAUCAGGAAGUUUCUUGACGGUAUUUAUGUCAGUGAGAAGGGAAGGAUCGUUGAAGAGGAGUAAGCUAUAUGAUGAGGCAUUAGAAUUAUGUUUGCAAGAACUCUUGUCUUAUUUUUCUCUUUUUGGCACCUAGAAUUCAAGUUUUUGUUCUUAACUUGCAACGGACAGGGUUUCAUAGAUUUUAAGUUUCCAUGUUACAAUUUUGAGUUGGGUAUGCUAAAUGAAAGGAUAUAUUCAGGCAAUUGCUCAUUAGUGUUUGUAUUUCUGGAGCUUGGCAUUUUGUCUAAAUUUGUGCUUGAAUUUCUGGCUUUA